GGAUAACUGAAGGAGGAUUUCAUCCUUUGGACAACACAUCAUCUGUGGAAUUUUGAGGGAAGCCAAACAUUUCCAUAAUACUGACACAGUUUCUCUGGGGGAAGUUUGCACAUCCGGAUUUCAUUGAAAGCAUGUGUCUUGCAUCAGAGCUGCCAGAUGAAAUACAGGACGGGGCUCCUGUACACUUAAUGGUUGUGUAAAGGACAACCAUGUUGGCAGGUUCUGCAUGAAGUUCUGUCUUCUACGCAGCAAUUAAAGAUGCAGGACCCCAUCUUAUAUUGUACUUGGCAGUCCUAGGCAGGGCACACUGAUAACACAUAUAGUUCUUUAAGGUUAAUAGGACAGGUAAGAACAGGAACUACAACAACAACAACAGCUUUAUUUUUGUACCCCGCCUCCAUCUCCCCGAAGGGACUUGGGGCAGCUUACAUGGGGAUGAGUCCAAUUAACAAAGUUAAAAUACAUACAUACUUAAGUGCAUAGACAAUAGCAUAAAACAGAAUAAAACAACAAUAUUAUAACAAAAUUUAGAAGCAACCAUUGAACCAACCAGUGAACCUGAAAUAAUCUGUUCCUGGGCACAGGUGGGCAGGCUGGUGCAAAUCAAUUUUGAGGAUAGGGCUGAUGGAUAAAGUGUAAAUCAGACAGCAGAAUUAGGGAUGGAGGGCAAUAUAAAAUGGAGCAUAAUAUCUUUGGGUAGGGAAUAGUGGUAAGGUACAAGAUUUUAUGUCCAAGUUGGGGCCAAAUUGGGGGGUUGUCUAGUCAAAAGCACAGUGGAAAAAUCUGCCUUUACUGAAUAUUUUUCUGUGCCCUUGUAUUCAGAGAAUGGGGCAAAUCGUGUUUGGAGGAAGUGGGCACAAUCUCUCUGUAUUGUCUGUUUUCUCAGUCAUUUGUACUCACAAAAAGAGGCAACCAUUCAUUUGGACAGUGAGGAUAUGAAAAAAAAAGUUAUUAACCUUUUAAGGCUCAGCAUAUGAUCACAAUAUGAGAGACCGUCUUUUAAAAGGAGGAAUCCAACUCUCUAACUUGAUUGAGUCAAAAAAACUUACCUUCAAGCCAGACAAGUUGCCCGCCUCAAUUUAUAUCUCCAAUUCUGACAGGCAGCCCGCUCCAAGAUUUCAAGAGAAAGACGCUUCCCAUCGUGUGCCACCUGAUCCUUUCACCUGGAGUUGUUGUCGUUAUGUUUAUACCUUGCUUUUUCUUUCCACAAAGAGACACAAAGCAGAGUUGACACUGUUACUUUCCCACAUGCAAAGUACAUGUUGCUCAACAUUAAGUUCUCAGGAUUUGGGGUUUUGGAUUGUUUGGAAUAGGGAGGAGACCCAAGGGGCACAAAAGUUAAAAUGAGGGAAAAUGGCACACAUUUAAGAUGGUAAUAACUGGUUGAAAUAGCUGGCCAAUUUGGGCCAGUAAAGAAACACAGGAGUUAGGGUUGUUGUAUGUUUUCCAGGCUGUAUGGCCAUGUUCUAGAAGCAUUCUCUCCUGACAUUUCGUCCACAUCUAUGGCAGGCAUCCUCAGAAGUUGUGAGGUAUGGAGAAACUCAGCAAGGAAGGUUUAUAUAUAUCUUUGGAAAGUCCAGGGUGAGGGAAGAACUCUUGUCAGUUGGAGGCUAGCGUGAAUGUUGCAGUUAAUCACCCUAAUUUGCAUAGAAUGGCUUCAUCUACUGGCUACUUUCUGCCUGUGGGUAUCUUUGUUAGCUGCCCCUAGUUCCCUAGUUUGUUAUUUCUUAUUUUCCACCAGCUUUGAAUUUUGAAAUUUGUAUACUAAAGUUGGAUGGAAACUUCAGCUUCUGUUUUGUUUGAAAUCUUGUUUAUCCCCAAUACCCGGAUUUCCAUUUUAGCUUAUAGCUCUAUGGACUGGAGCAGAAAUUGGAGACAGUUGAAACCUAAAACCCUUCUCUUCCCAAGACGGUGGGAGCAAGAGAUAGCCUCCGCAGUUGCAUUCUUUAGGUUUUCAAAAACAGCCAAGGCUCCUCUCCUGGGAAACGGGGCAGACAGCUGCCUCUUGCAUUGAGGUGAUGGUUGUGAUGAUUCCUUCCACACUUGUUCAUCCUCCCCACUCCCACCCCCACACACAUUUUGUGACUAUGACAAAGGCGCACAGUGAGCUGCAUCCAGAAGAGCAGCAGUCUGUUGGAUUGCCAUGUCGACCCACAUGGAAUACAGCUCCUGCCCCAGAGAUUGCCCCACGAUGGAUAGCCUGGAGAGACAGCUUAUAUGCCCCAUUUGCUUGGAAAUGUUCACCAAACCAGUGGUCAUCCUGCCCUGUCAGCACAACCUGUGUAGAAAAUGUGCCAACGACAUCUUCCAGUCUCGAGGGACGACGCUGGGAUCCGCGGGGAGGUUUCGCUGCCCAUCCUGUCGCCACGAAGUCGUCCUGGACAGACAUGGCAUUUAUGGGCUGCAGAGGAACCUCUUGGUUGAGAACAUCAUUGACGUUUACAAGCAAGCCUCAGCAAGAGGACCAGAGAGGCCGCUGUUAAAAAGUGAGCACCCAACCUGCGAAGAGCACGAAGAUGAAAAGAUCAACAUUUAUUGUGUGACGUGUGCGGUGCCCACAUGCUCGCUAUGCAAGGUCUUUGGAGAACACAAGGAGUGCGAAGUGGCUCCUCUCUCAGACAUCUACAUGAAGCAGAAGGCGGAGUUGACAGGUGGGAUUGGGAGUCUUGUGGCUGCAAACGACCGGAUCCAGGCCUACGUUGGUGACUUGCAAGGAACCUGCAGGAAUAUUGAGGAGAAUUGCAAAGCCCAGAAGCAGGCCUUGUGCGAGAAGUUUGACCGCAUGUCUGCCAUCCUGGAAGAGCGGAGAAAGAUCAUGCUGCAGAGGAUCACGUACGAGCAAGAAGAAAAGAUACAGCACUUGAAAUCUCUCAGCAAAGUAUGCGCCGAACACAUUGACUCCUCUUCCAAGUUGGUGGACACGGCUCUGCAAUCCAUGGAGGAGCCCCAGAUGGCGGAUUUCGUGCAGAACGCCAAAGUUCUCAUCCAAAAAAUUGUUGAGAUGACCCAGAGCUGCAAACCGGAUGCCCUGGAAUCGGGUUAUGACAACAUGGAGCACUACACUGUGGAUUUCAAUGCCGAGGAACGGCUCCUUUACCAGCUCGAUUUCAUCAAAAUUGAAGAUCCUGAGCCGUCAACAGAGGAUGAAGGGGCCAGCGGUGAGGCUGAAGACCCUUUGGCAGAGAUGGGGGCUGCUGCCUCGGAGGAGAGAGAAGACUUAUUUGCCUUUGGGAAUGAGGAGCAGGAGCAAGGAAACACUCUCCGGAUGAUGGAAACCCUGAGCAGAGCCACCCAUGAGGCUAUGGCAGAAGACCCGGCUGGCAAAGAAGGCAGCCUAUGGGGUGCUCAACAGAGUCUUCUGGAUGGAGGCUCCAGUUCAGCAGCAUCUCAGCCAGAGGGUCUUUUACUGAGCAAGGUGCCCACCCAAGGCAUGGAUGGAGCCUCUGGGGAAACCUUCAGCAAAGCAGAGAGUUCAGAGGAGACUGAGGAGUUUGGAAACCAGAGCGGCAACAGUAUCUUUCUGAAUGGGAUGGCAUCUUCCACCAGUCAGAGUCCAACAUCCAACUCCUCCACUGAGACAUGGAGAAGAGAAGGCUUCACCGAACCUCUUCUCAGCAGCUGCUUCAACCCCACUCUGUGGCUGCAUGAUUAGGGAAGGUCCAAUGACAUCCUUCAACAGGAUUUUCCACACCUCUGACAGGUUGACCUGCCUGAUCUAAACCCUUGUGUGGGAAAAACAAGGUUCAACUAAUAUGCACUCUUAGAGACAAGAGCAUCAGUAAUUCAAGGAUGACCCAGUUCAUGUGAAACAAAACAUAUUUGGACCUUGGACCGCCUCAACCUUCUUUGUUCUUCUCCUUGAACUUGUCUACUCAUCCCAAAAACACACCCUUUUCUGGAUCCCCCACUCGGAUCUAUCCCGAACAAGAAUAGUAAAAUGGGAUGGCUUGGUGCCAGUUAAUAAAUGUGUGUGUAUGAUAUGAUAUCACUAAGUCAUAAUCUUUGGUUCAGAAUCUGUGCUUUCUGUUGGUGGUUGACAUCAACACCACUGGAUCUUGGGUUUUGCCUCUGAAGUCUUAGGCCCUGGGAUGCUCCUGACUUGGCCUCUCCUGGCUUAUUCUUUCUAUAACCCCAGUUUGAGAAGGAAACAGGCUUAUUAAAAUAAAGUUUAUUCAGAACACUUCAACGUA